AUGCACGUGCAAUUACAACAAAAGCAAGAGGGCCGCAAAGCCUCGUCGCUCCUGCAAAAGAACAAUGAUGCAGCAGCAAGCCCGGCGAGCAAAGAAGCCCGGCGGCAGCAGCAGCAGCCAAGCCCGAGCUUGGACGACUUGCCGGCCGAGAUCCACCUCUUGAUCUCCAAGCAGUUGAUCUACCCAGAUGCGCUUUCUUUAAAGCACACGAGUCGUUAUUUCUACUCGCUAGUCGACACUGGCAUCAAAUUGAAGGUCGCCUGGCUGAUGGAGAGACGGAGCCUACACCUCGAGUGUCCAAACGAUCGGCGCUGUGACCUGGGCAGCGACUUGAAGUUUUGCAGAGGGAGCGUCAGGCUCCUCAUGCAACGUCGCCGCGAGCAUAUGGAAUGCGAAUCGCGGCCGGGGCUAGGUUGUCUGGUGUAUGGGACGCAUACCUGCCUGCAUCGGCCACAGCUGAGAAGUCGCUGGGCCAAGUGGCUGCGAGCACAGUUCACCAUUGAGGCCUGGUGGGUUUUGCUAGCUCUCAUGCCGAUCUUUCUGGGGUGGUUUUAUAUAGUCGAUCUGCUGCGGUGA